AUGUCUUGGAAGGAAAAAUCCAGGACAUACUUCAGGCAGUUCCGCGUGAAACUGAGGUGCAGACAAACCACCUGUCACAGAAACAUCACUCCAUGCAAAGAACCUGUGUCUGAGGCCUCCCGCUGGGGGGCACCUCCGCCACGAGUCCUAUGCGAAGAACCUUGGAGGUCCUGGUUGCCGUCGCCUCUAAUUUACCCACCUAGAGGCUCCCGCACAGAAACUCGCCAUCUAAUCCAUGCGUUGGAGGAACUGGCUGUUUCAGAAUGCCGCCGGCUGACGAUCGACUUAAAUAGUGCAAACGAAAGAUUGCUGUAUAGACACGCCCCUCUUUACUAG